AUGGCCGGCCAGAUCUGGGAGGUCGUCGGCGGCCGAGGCUCGGAGGGGCUCGCGGUCCGCCGCGGGCCCUCCGCGGACGCCGCCCAGGAGACGUACCCAGAGCGCCUCGCCACGGGCUCCCUGGUCAAGGGCCUCGAGAUGCAGGGGACGCACCUCAGGUACCGGCUCCGCCGCGGCGCCGGGCCGGCAGAGGGCUGGGUCGCGACGCAGGAGGGGGACAAGGACGCGCCCGCGAGGAUCGACCAGCUGCGGCGAGCCCUCGAGCAGGAGCUGCCUGGCACCACCUUCGACGAUGAGGUCGUGCAGUACCUCGAGGACGCGGUGCCAGACUGGGCGCAGGCCUCCGAGGACGACGUGGCCGAGGCGUGGUCCCCGUUCCUGCUCUCGCACGCCUCGGCCGCCUCUGACGACGAGGCCGCGCGGGAGGUGUGCCAGCGGCUGCUCGCGAGGCUGCGCCGAGAGGGCGAGGGCGCGGGUGCCGGCGGCGCGGGCGCCGGCGACUCCGCGGCUGGGGCCGAGGCUCCGCCUUCCGCGGAGGUCGAGGGGCUCCGGGAGUGGAUGGAGAGGCUCCGGCUCCCCCUGGGGAGGUACGGCGAGAGCGCCCAGGCGUGGUGCGAGCGGGAGGGCAUCAGGCACGUGAGCGGGAUCGCCACCAGGGCGCAGGACUUCUGCAGCGCCCUGCAGCUGAAGAUGCUGGAGCGCAAGCGGGUGCUCGACGGCGUGCCUGCCUGCGUUGCGCCGGCCCAGGCCCUGGCGCCCGCGGCGCCGGGGGGGGCGGCCGAGUCCGCCGGGAGCUCCGCCUUCGGCGCGCCCAACAACCCCUACUCCAUCCGAGGAAUAAAACGGAGCUCGGCUCGGGAGCCAACGCCACGGUGCACAGGUGCAUCAGGAGAGUCGCUCCAGACCAGCCCGAGGAGACCUUCGCCGUGA